UAUUGGUUCAUUUCUUAAUCAAUCAAAUUUGAGUCAUGGAGGUGUUGUUCAGCUCUCUUUGACAGGUAAAAGAUGUCGCCAACGAACAAAAAACGGCGACGUUCACCAAUCAGUAUGUUUCGAUCCGUUUCGUGAUUAGGCUUUACGGUCAUACGUGAUGUUGCUCAGUUGUGAAGCCCACAGCAGACGGACGGAGCCGAAGCCCGUGUUGGAUGUAGCCUAGCAGCAGCCCGUGAAGGGAAGCUAUUGUUUGAGUUGUUGGCUAACAUGGCAACGGAAGCUAACGCUAGUAGCAGCGUCGGCUAGACGAGACUUACUGCUGGGGUCGUCCUUCAUGAUGCGUGUCUGUAGUGCGUGGAGUGAGCAGUCCUCCUCUCCGUCACCUUGUGUUAGCCUCACCACUCCAUCAUCCCUCUAAAGUGCAUCUAUCAUUCUCCCACGAUGACCAACAGGAAAGAGCCCCCCUUUUUUAACGACGACAGCGUGGGAGCUUUUCAGUACAAGCUUCCCUUCUACGACACUAUGGAGCUGUUCAUAGAGACCCUGACGGGAACUUGUUUUGAGCUGCGCGUGUUGCCUUUUGAAGCUGUUGUUUCUGUCAAAGCGAAGAUCCAGAGGCUGGAAGGUAUCCCUGUUGCACAGCAGCAUCUUAUCUGGAACAAUGUUGAGCUGGAUGAUGAUCAUUGUCUACAUGAUUACGGAAUUGCAGAGGGAUGCACACUGAAACUUGUUUUAGCCAUGAGGGGAGGCCCAAUUAACACCAGGAGGGUAACCUUGGAGGAUCCGGUCAAAGACGUGGCGGACCUGAUGGAGAGCACGAAGGAGGAGGGUUGGGACAAAAAUCAAGCAAGUAAGCAGGUCACGUUUGUUGUGUAUCGUGAGGGCGACCAGCUGAGCUUCUUCCGAGUGGUCGACAGGGGAGAUGGAACCCUGACUCCCCUCUCUGAGUCUCUGAGUGGUGGCUCCCUGUACAACGUGUACACAGAGGAGGAUAGAGAGAGUUCUGCAGCUGCACAGCAUUGCCUAGAGAACUCCAUCACCAUGACCAAAAUGAAGCUGCUCAAAGCCAAGAUGGAGGACAUGAACCUUAAUAAAAAGAAGUCUGCAAAAGUAACACCGCUGGCCCCUGCUGACCCACAUCCUGGCACCAGCUCUCUUGGACCUUCCAGCACACAACACCUUUAUCGCCUCGUUCACUCCCUCCCACAGAUCAACCAACCUUGGCAGACAAAUGCCCCACUACCUCCCAUUGUAGACCCCAAAUCUACAGACCCCGCUCGUCCCCCCGCUGCUGCAACCUCCUCCCAUGUAACUGUCCACAGACGCUGUCCUCCUUCUUUCUCAUCUUCCUGUUACAUGCUUCAGGAGGAGGAACCGUGGGAGGCAUGCCCAUCGUUUGCAAAGAUCCGUUCCCCUCCAAAAGUGUCCCGAAUGGACAUUGGCAGCAGAUUGAUGAAAGACUGUGUUUACCCGCAGCUUCCACCACUCUGCACUAGGGGGACUCCUGAAUCCCCAUUCGAACCAGUUGAGCCUUCAGUGGAGGCAGUCGGGCUGAGUAUACUUGAGGAGCCAGUUGGACUUGUUGUCCCAGCACAGCCUGGGACAUCAUUUGGAGAACUGUCAGAUCCUCUGAGCUUAGAUAUGUCCAUCCAGCAUGAGGGAGGUCAUCAGACCAUUGAUGUGGGGGCUCAGCACCAGCUGUCACACUCUCCCUGGACUCUUGGCACAAGCGAUACACUCACCAGCAGAGCUGAUGGAACACAGCUUGGCACUUCGGUACAUAUCAGCCCUCCUUGUCCAUUAGCUGCUUCCCCCUCGCCGUCGGCAUCAACCAGACUUCUCUCUCAGCCUUUUGAUUCAACACUUUGUAUACAGGCUAACCUACAAGCACAAUCCUUAGCAAAGCCAGGCAACAUAUCCCCUCAUCCUCCAGCCUCCUUGUCAACUCAUCCAGCACGUCUUCGCGGUGUCAAAGUAGAGUCACCUGGCAAACGACCAGAACUCAUUUCUAAAAGAGAAGCAAGAGGCAUUACUAAGAUGGUAAACCAAGCCUAUAAGGAGCCAAUAGGGUCUCUGAGCAACUCUGAGCUCUUUGCAUCUCUUUCCACAAGAGCUCCAGACAGCAGCAGCAUAGACAACCUUGGAGAGAGUCUGGGCUUUGCACAGACAUUACCUCCUUCAGCCACUGCCUCAGUACACAGUGGCCUUGGCUCCAGGCUGCCAUCCAUCCCUACCAACAAGUUUCUUCAGGACGACCUCUUUAGACCAAUGUCACCACUGCGCCGAGCUGCAGCUUCCUACAGGACCAAUAACUGUCUUGCAUCAGCUGGAGGGGUCAUGAGUUCAUUCGGGACAGUAGGCACUCCAACGUACCACCUACCUCCAGUUAAGGCCCCCACUGGCACCAAGAAAAAGAGCUCAAAGCACUGCUUCCGUUGUGGCAAAAAAACUGGACUCGCCACCAGUUAUGAAUGCAGGUGCGGGCACAAUUUCUGUGCCACUCACCGUUACGCGGAGACGCAUGACUGCUCGUAUGACUACAAGACUGCUGGGCGGCGGUUUCUGCAAGAGACCAACCCUCUUAUCAGUGCUCCCAAGCUGCCUAAGAUCUAAAACACCACAGCCCCUCACCAUUCACUAGGGACAAACAGAAGGAGGACAGCUUGAACAGGCUGAAUGGGGAAAAAAUGUUCAGCAAAGGCAUUUCAAGAAGAAACACUUACACCACUGUGUGCUUUUUUUUUCUUUUUUUGUUAAUCCGCCAAGGUUGCUUAAAAUUUUAAUAACUCAAGUGUGAAACACUAAAGAGUGGACUGAAAUGGCACAGAACUAAUUAUCACCUUUUGACAAUGUGACAAUGUUUGUCUUUUGUAUUUCUUACUUAGUUUAUUCUUUCUGGUCUUUAAAAUAAACUUUGCAUGUAUGUAGGUAGUUUUUACUCUGUAUAUCUGCUGCACGUUUUCUUAAUUUGUUUUUUCCUGAUAGGACCGCUGUUGACUUUUUUUUUUUCUUUUUUUUUUGACAAAUCUUAAAACAGAUGCACUUUAGAACUAUAUUUCUACAUCUAACUUUACUUCUUAGUGAGGAAAGCUACAUACAUUCCUGUGCUUGUCUCAUGAAGUGUUAUUAUCCAGAUUUUUAUAUUCUACAUCUAAAUGUCUUUUCAUAACCAGGCACAUAAAUGCAUCAUUUAUAACUUUUUUUCUUCUUUUGAAAGAACAGUCCACCCACUUAUUCAUGAAAUACUCUAAUAUUUAUUAAUUAUUGCUACUUAUUUAAAUAAAGGCUGUUUUUGAAAUGGUAAGUAUGCAAUGUAUGUCAGUGUGAAUGUCAGUAAUUUGUCCACUUGUUGAUUAAACUGUAGUAGAAUGGGGUAGGUUAUGGUAGUUGUGUCUACAGUGAGGUGGCUGCCAUUAAGAAAAAUGGUUUUUAUUAUUUUUUUUAUUAUUAUUGCUUCGCUGUUGCAAAAAAAGAAUGCUAAAUGCUGGUUAUGUAUUUACAGGGGUUUGAUCUAAUAAAGUUUCCUUUCAUUCAAA